AAGCCUUGUGUAAAGUACAGUAGAAGCGACGGCAGGGGGCGUGGUUCAGGCGCCGCAUCCGGCUCAUUGCGGGAAGUCAAGAUGGCGGCGGGCAACUGAGAACCACUUUGGCUGAAGGGAAGCCUUGAGUAUAGAUUUCCCUUACUUACCGGUAGCUUCUUCUAGUCUGGAGAGAACAUGAUAGCAAAGGGUUACUUUAAAAAAGAAAAGAAAAAAGAAUCCAUGCAAGCAGCAUCAUGGCAAGUAGCACUUUCCACUCCCAUUUAAAUCUAAAAGUCACUUUCUUAAAUGAUUCAGUUUCCAGGAACAAGCGGCCCUUCGAAGAGUUUCAAGAGGAGAAGCAACCAGACACAAAGAGACACAAACUCUCCUGCUUGCCUUUUGGUGCACUUGUAGAUCCCUCCUCAUCAAGCAAUAGAAUAGCAGCUUCUGCAGUGUGUUCUGUGGCCACCAAUGGACAGCCUGAUAAUAGCAACACAGAUGACAUACUAGAUGACAGCUUACUGGACCCUUCAGAUGGGGAACUCUCAGACUUUUCCAUUGAACUCACUUCUGAAGCUGAAGAUGAACUUUUGUCAGAUAGUCAACCACGCUGCCCGGAGACCUCAAAUUCCAUAGCAUGUGAAACCAGAUGCAGAAAUUUUUCCUGCAGGAACAUGGAAUUCUCAGCCAUGGAAGGGCCCCGACGUCGGAUAUACAUUGAAGAGACAAAACUUGUCCAGCAAGAAAAAUACAUCAAUGCUGUCCUUGCCCAUGCUCAGCAGGCUGAACUCAUAGAUGAAGUCAAUGAGUUGCAGCAGCUGAUGUUGGCCGUGACCGCUGAAAACCGCUACGGGGAACCCGGAUUUGCGCACCCAACAGACCUGACCGUAAGGUACUGUGUCACCCUUCAUGAAAGCAAGGGCAGCAGAACCCCAGUGGCAGGUUUCCCUCCUCGAGCUAAGAGGACAGACCACAGAUAUUCCCUUAACCAGUGGGUCGAUAGGAAUGAUCGCAACCUCCGUCGUUUUGAGAGUGUCCCUGAUCGCUUCAGCCGCAGCCCUAUCCCAAGCUAGAAGGGUAUCACCAUUGAAAUUAAGUUGUCUUUUAUCUUCAGAGUUGAUAUAUUAUUAUUAAUUUCAGUUUUUAAGUUAAGGCCAGUUUAGUUUGUUUUUGUUAGAAAUGUUUGUUCAACUUGACCUUGAACCUCUCCUCUGCCAAAUGUUUUAUAUAUUUUUGGCAUUUUGAUGUUUCACCAAGCAGUUUGAUACUGUAUGCUAUGACAAUUUUUAUAAAUGCUUGUGCCUUUGAAAA